ACGAGUCGCACUUGUGGACGAAACCUGAUGAAGGAAGGCAGGGAGGGAGGAAGGGAGGGGGAGGGGGAAGAAGGAAGGGAGAGAGAGAGAGAGAGAGAGGAGGGGCAGGGCUGAUGAGAGAUGAAUGAAUGAAUGAAUGAAGGAAGGAAGGAGCAAAUGAAUGAAUGAAUGGCCAUUCGGUGAAUCCGCCUGCCUCUGCUGCCUGCUGCUGCGACUGCAAGCCCGACCGUCGAGAUCUCUUCUACCGCCACUGCUACUACUGCUACCUCCUCCACCAGCACCACCACCACCACCACCCGGAGCAGCAGUAGUGCUGCUGCUGCUGCUGCUUGUUGCUGCUCGCUGCUAGCGCUGUCACUCGCCACUCUCACUCCUCUUAUUCUCGCCCCCUCUUUUGUACGUGCUCCGUGGCUUGUCUACUGGCUUGUUUGCGCUCGUUUGCGCUCGUUUAUUCUUCUCUUCUUCUUCUGCCCUUUCCUUUCAUUUCGUCUGUCAUCUAUCUAUCUUCAUCGUCUUCUUCGUCGUCGUCGUCUGUGCUGCUGCUGCUGCUGCUGGUUGGAGUCGCAGGCCGACGUUCUUGCCUUGCCGUUCGCUGGCUGGGCCGACGGUCGGACGGACGGACCUCGCUUUGGACCAUAAAGUGGAGGCUGCCUUUUGGGCCUCGGGAUUUCCUCAGGUGUUCGAGUGAUUGAGGUCGGGGACGAGGACGACGACGGCGCCAGAUUGAGGCCGCAGAGGGCCGGGGUUCAUCGGUCGUCGAUAGAUUGGUAGAUAGAUAGAUAGAUAGAUAUAUCGAUAGACAGACGGAUUGAUUGAUUCAUUGAUUGAUCGCUCUUCAUCAAAGGGGUGCACGCAGGGAGGACGGGAAGUGGAGAGACGGGGGAGGAGCGAGAGAAGGAGGAGGAGGAGAGUGGAGAAGAGAUUCGAUUGAUCAGCAUCGGGGUUUGGCGAGGACGAGAUUAGAUAAGGGUCAGGGGGAAACGGGGAGGAGAGGAGAAGGAGGGAGGAGGAGGAGGAGGCCGAGGAGGAGCGAAGACGCAAGAGGCAUCGGGGGAGGGCAAUUGGUACUUGAAAUCUGCUUCAAUUUGCUCUCGUCCGACUUUCCCAAUCCCUCAGGACAGGAUUUGGGGUUGCUUAGCCGGAGCGAACGACCGAGUGCGAGAUUUUUUUCAUCUGGGUCCGGGCUUGGGAUAGGAGGCAAAAUCGUCCCGUGCCGCCGGGUUGUCUCGCAAUUCGGAGUGGCCCUAUUAUCGUCGGAGGUGAGGGCCGGGUAUAGGGAGAUAGAUAGAUGUCGUCAGCUGCAGGUACAGAAUACUGGUGCUAUCGAUGCAAUCGCAAUGUGAGGCCCGCCGCAGCAACUGAGGUGAUUUGCCCCCAUUGCAACGAUGGGUUUUUGGAAGAAUCCUCGGGCAACGGCAGCGGGAAUCCUCAAAUCCCAGAGCCCACGUUCCCGCAGUCCGAUGUGUUUGGUGCAGAUGUGGAGUCGGGCGGAAACAGCCGGGGAGGCGGCACGCCCUUGACGGAGACCGGAACUCCAGCUGGAUUCCGCCGCUGGAAUCAGCAGGGAGGGCCGGGCCAGCGAGGCCGAAACUUCCCCGGAGGCAAUCCGGCAAUUUUGCAGGUUCUGGAAGCGAUGUCAGCCGUGUUGCAGCAAAUGCAGCCACCGAAUGCACAUGGGGGGUUCCCGGGUGGAAAUGAAGGUGGCGAUGCGGACAGUGGUGGUGGCGAAGGACGAAACCGGAUGCCCACAAUGGAGAAUGCCCCUUUCAAUGUCAAUCCCAUGCUGGUCUUCCAAGGCCAAAUGCAAAACUUCCUGGGAGGCGGUGGCAACGUGGAAGUUUUUUUUGAUAACGGGAAUGGUCCCCCGAGACGCUUGCCUGGAAACUUUGGAGAUUAUUUUUUAGGUCCCGGGCUGGAUCAGCUCAUACAGCAGUUGGCAGAAAACGAUCCCAACAGGUAUGGAGCCCCUCCUGCAGCCAAAACUGCCGUAGAAGCGAUGCCAACCAUCCAAAUCACAUCAGAACAUUUGGGAACCGAUGCAGCACAGUGUGCCGUUUGCAAAGAUGAGUUUGAAUUAGGAUCCCAGGUGCGGCAGAUGCCUUGCAAGCACAUGUAUCAUUCCGAUUGCAUUUUGCCUUGGCUUGCCCAACACAACUCUUGUCCAGUUUGCCGUUUCGAGAUGCCCACAGAUGAUGCAGAAUACAACCAAACCCGAGCCUCGCAACCUUCUGCUCCUGCAUCCACCACCACCACCGCACCGACGCACGGCACCACCACCCCAGCAGCUGGAGGUGAAGGCGGGGCCACGGGUGCGAAUUUCACCAUCUGGGAAACUCCCGGUGGUGCCUACCCCAUGAGUAGAUAUCAAACGGACUCUGGACUCGAACCGCCGAGCGAUGCCGGAUCCAGCGCAGCCCCGAGCAGCGCUUCGACGACUGCUGCGGGAGCCACUCCUCCCGCCAGCGCAGCCACCGCCACCGCUGCCGCCACGACCGGAGGUGGCACGGGAAGACGAAUCUCAUUCCACCUGCCUUGGUUUUUCAGCCGGACAGCUGCUGCUCCCAAUCCGGCUCCUCCCACGGGCCCUCAGGCCGAAACGUCGAGUCAAGGGGGCGGCAACAGAGGCGGCACAGCCAACAACAGAUCGCAGGCUGGUGGUGGUGGGAACGGGCAGUCGUCAGCUCGGACUGACGAGGACGGUGACAUUUGCAUGUCCGAGGCGAGACACGAGGCACGACAGGAAGAUCUGGACUGACAGAUUGUGCUGCUUCCGUGUAGCUGGUUGUCAUCACUGAACCAAAGGCACUGCUGCGGUGCUUCCUGAGAGAGGACGACGAGCAAGUUUGCACUUAAUUGAAGUGAGUUGUAGCAUUUGUAUUAUGCGCCGCAUCUGAACGGUUGACUGGUUGAAGGUGCUCAAGUAAAUAGGUAUAUCUGGCAUACUUCUGUGCAGAGGACAUACUUGUUCAUCCUUUGCUAUCUGGAUGACAUUCUGGGUAUUGGUGAGGCCACCCGAUGACGCUACUCCUUCCCUAUUGUGGUGUCUAACGGUUGCCAUGUUGAUUUAGUAGUUUCUGCAAAGCAUAGUUGCCAACAUAGGAGACUCAUGCCAAUGUGGAAAUGGAUGAUCAGAAGUUUGAAGCUUCAAGCUUCAUGUAGUUGAUUAAAUUUUUUUCCUUUUAUUAGGACCUGGAGAUUUUCAUAGGGUUAAGAACCUAGAGAAGGGGUUGCUGGGCAUGGAUGAGGGCAAGGGUUUCGAUAAGUUCAGGGUAAAACAGGAGAAGAGGAGUAAGUGUCCACAAAGAUGAUUGAUUAACUGUGUUAAUAUGCGAUGAAUAAGUUUUGGCAACACACAGACGAAUUCGCAGGUCAUGGAGUUUGUUUUAAGGAAGGGUUCCCAUCCUAUUCACUGUCUUCUCUGUCACGUACUCCAAGAUUCAUAUUCAUUUGUCUUAUUUGUCCGGUGCCUCGUCGGACGACUGUAAAGUAUCUACUAGCCUUGUGCUGGC